AUGAGGUAUAAAUAUAAUGAUAAAGAAUAUUUAAUUUCAUGGAAUCAAUGGAGUCAUAAUCAAAGACCUCAUAAACGAGAAGAAGAAAUUGAAAAUAAUGAAAUGGAAAUCAUUGAUGACAUUAAAGAGGAUGGAAUUCCUAAAUUUUGUAGAAAAACCUUUAGAACUAAGUUAGGAGCAUAUAAACGUAGAGUAUUAAAUCCUGAAUAUCUUAAACAUUUAUUUAAAAAGGAAGACUGUGAAUUAUUAAACGUUAAUGAUUAUGAAAAUGCAAAAUCAAAACUGAGAUAUAAAUAUAUUGGAAGUGAUGAAAGAUGCAAAGAUAAAGAUAAAGUUUAUACAGUUUCAUAUAAUAACUGGCACACGUUAGGGAUUAGAAAACAUU